AACUGGUCACAGCUGAACAACGACUUUUCACUUUUUACUUCUAAACUUAGCCGUCGAAGAAAGUUGGACUAGCUACGUUGAUAACUUUAUCUUUACACCCAAAUAUAUAGAUAUAUAGAUAUAUAUAUAUAAAAAGAAAAAUACUCUUAUUACAGUAAAAGUGGGAUUUCCAACACGAAAGUGGCUUAUUAAAGAAGAAAGAGGAGGAAUUUAUCUCCAGGAAAACUUCUGGAAAAGUGAUACCUGAGACCGUUACGUUAGUAUCCAUCUUUUCCAAGUUAAAGUUGGUUAGCAACUUGGCUAGCUAGUUUGGUAAAAAAAACAACAAAAAAAAACACGUUAUAAAGUGUGAUUAGCUACCUAAUUAGUUAUUAUUUUAUUUUUUGAGGCAGGUUUUUUUUUUACUCACUUCUUGCUGACUUGUUUUUGCUAGCUAACAGUAUCUAAACGUUAGUAUCUAAACGUUAGUAUCUAAACGUUAGUUUGCUGGUUAGCAAGUUGGCGCUAGGUAGCUGCUAGCGAUAGCAUCACAUAUAUCAUCUCUCAUAGCAUCUUGCUACGUUACUUUUUGGAUGUUGGAUGCUAGUCAACGAAUAUAAAAACUGUUAGCAUAUCUGCUACUGUACUAGCUAGCUUGCUAGCUAGCUAUAUCAAUCUAUUCGUUGAGCAUGUAGAAUUACUAACCUGACACAAGUGUACAGGAUAUAAAUCAUUAUUUUAUUUUUUUUGGACUCCUUACGUGAGUCAGACAAACUCAAAACACCUGUCGAUGUAGAGAAAGUGAUCACGGAAAGGGGACCGUUCACAUCGAGCAUCUCAAGGCAAGGAAGUCAUUUAACUUUCCCGAAAGGACCUCAACUUGAAUGAAGAACCACCACCAUCAUCAUCAUCAUCCUCAUCAUCAUCAUCAUCAUGAAAGUGACAGUGACAUUUGGACAGACGAGUGUCGUGGUUCCGUGUAAAGAAGGAUGGAAAGUCCGUGAACUCAUUCAACAAGCCACACAGAGAUACAGGAAGUUAUUGGAACAGGAGGGCAACUUCCUGGUUCGUACUCACCACGUGGAGUACUGCGACGGGGGCAUCCUGGACCCUGAUGAUGUUCUGACUGACCUGGUGGAGGACAGAGACAAGCUGAUGGCCGUCUAUGAGGAGCAGGAGGCCCAGCGGAGAGGAGCUGUGAGUCCCAGAGGUGGAGUAACAGGACGGCCCAGCCAAGACCCCUAUGACGCUGAGGUCUCCGUCUUCCAGCCAAUCAGAGGAGGAGAGAUAGAGGUCAACUCCUCAGCUCUCCAAUCCAACACUCCUCUGCUUGUAAGGAGCAGCAGCGAAUCAACCCUCAGCCCCCUAGUGGAGAUGUUACAGCCCACCCAGCCUCAGGAGCCCAACGACAGGCCUGGCCCUGAACCCCCCACGGGGGUGAACCAUGGACUGGAAAAGACAGGAGGACACAGAGCUGAUGUCUCCACUACCAAACUCAACACAUUCUCUCUCAGCCUGACCAAGACAGUGGAGAUCUCAGGGGAACACGGUCCGCUGGGGAUCCACGUUGUUCCAUAUGUCUCCUCUCUCAGCGGACGGGCUCUGGGCCUGCACAUUCGUGGCGUGGAGGAGAACAGUCGUUCUAAGCGAGAGGGGAUCUUCCAGGACGACGAGUGCAUUGUUAAAAUCAAUGAAACAGAGUUAAUGGACAAAUCCUUUACCCAGGCACAGGAAGUGUUCCGUUAUGCUAUGCGGUCCCCCAUGGUGCGUCUGGAAGUAGUUCCUGUCUCCAACAGGGAGAGGUACGAGAAGAGCCUGAUUGGUCAGCUCUUCAACCAAUCAGGCAGUCCCAAAGCCACACUCAAGACUUCCUCUAAGGAGCCUCCUUCAAUCAAACCCGCCGUUAAGCCCUAUGACUCUCCUACUGCCCGAAUGGCUGAGGACAGCAUCAGCCUAGAGGGCCGACCAAUGGGAUCCCCCCAUCUCGCCCACCCUGUCCCCGUCAGCCUAUCCCCUGUCCCCAAGGAGAAGAGUGACAGCCCGCUCCUGAAGAGGAGUCCCACCUUCUCUACCCUGGUGGGCUUCACCAGCAAGAAGGGAGGGAAGAGACUGAAGAUCGAUUUAAAGAAAGGUCCCGAGGGUCUAGGCUUCACAGUGGUGACCAGGGACUCAUCUGUACACGGUCCUGGUCCUAUCUUGGUCAAGAACAUCCUGCCGCGCGGGGCCGCCGUCAAAGAUGGACGCCUGCAGUCUGGCGAUCGGAUCCUGGAGGUGAACGGUGUGGACAUCAGCAGGCGUAGCCAGGAGGACUUGGUAUCCAUGUUGAGGAGCACCAGACAGGGAGAAAGUGUUGUUCUGCUGGUGGCCAGACAGGAAGAUGUGUUCCUGCCCAGAGAACUGAAGGAAGAGGAGGCACGUGCUGUCCUGCUGUCCGAGGAAGGGAAGGAGCAGCUGAUGUUUGAGGUUCCUCUGAAUGACACAGGGUCCGCUGGUCUAGGCAUCAGCCUAAAGGGCAAUAAGUCCAGGGAGACAGGAGAAGACCUGGGCAUCUUCAUCAAGUCCAUCAUCCAUGGAGGAGCAGCGUACAAGGACGGUCAUCUGCGUGGCAACGACCAGCUGAUAGCGGUGAACGGAGAGUCUCUACUGGGGAAGUCGAACCAUGAAGCCAUGGAGACCCUGAGGAGAUCCAUGUCCAUGGAGGGGAAUCUGAGAGGCAUGAUACAGCUGGUGGUGCUACGAGCCCUGGUCAAAUCAGAGGAUCCAUUUGUCCCCUCGAACCAGUCUUUUGAUGCCUCUAUCAGCUGCCCGGCCAGAUCAGCUAACACCUCAGCCCAGCAGCCUGUGGUCAACAACACCAUCUAUGAGAGAUCUAAUGUCUUUAAUGGGAGUUCCGUCCACGUUGGUGAAGAGGAUGACGAAGAGGAGUUGAAUCUUAUAUCUCCUCGUCAGGAAGGUCUGAGUCCAGCCCCAGGGGAGAGCUCUACCAGGCCCAUCUCUGGACCAGCCCCAGGGGAGAGCUCCACCAGGCCCAUCCCUGGACCAGCCCCAGGGGAGAGCUCUACCAGGCCCAUCCCUGGACCAGCCCCAGGGGAGAGCUCCACCAGGCCCAUCCCUGGACCAGCCCCAGGGGAGAGCUCCACCAGGCCCAUCCCUGGACCAGCCCCAGGGGAGAGCUCUACCAGGCCCAUCCCUGGACCAGUCCCAGGGGAGAGCUCUACCAGGCCCAUCCCUGGACCAGCCCCAGGGGAGAGCUCUACCAGGCCCAUCCCUGGACCACAGCCGGCCCAGUUUCAGUACCACCACACCAAGUCCUCCAAGAGCAUGGACCUGGUGGCAGAUGAAAGCAACGUGGGAUCACUAGCAGGUCACAGGUCAGAGCCCUCCCCGGCCGUGGACCUUGGUCCUACCUUGGGUUUGAAGAAGUCCAGUUCUCUGGAGAGUCUGCAGACGGCCAUGUCAGAGGUCAGGAAGAAUGAGCCCCUCCCCUUUCACAGACCACGCCCCCACAUGGUCAGAGGGAGGGGCUGCAACGAGAGCUUCAGAGCGGCCAUUGACAAAUCUUACGACGGGCCAGCUGAUGAAGAUGAUGAUGACCUGUCAGAACAGAGUUCUGGACGGGACACCCCAGCCAGCGGCUCCUCUCGCCAGGGAGUGGGGGAAGCCACGGAGGAGAGGAAAGACAAGAAGCAGAAGGUCAAAGGAAUGAAGAAAGACAAGCAGUCCAAAAGCAAAGGGAAGAAGAUGAGUGAGGACGAGCCAGACAAGAAGACCAAGAAGAAGAAAGGUUUUGGUUUACUGAGAUUUGGAAAGAAGAAAAACGAGAAGGUAAAGAAAUCAGAAGCCAAAGCCACGCUACAGAGACAGAAGUCCGAGGUUCUGAGUGAAGAGGAGCUGGACAGGAUGAAGGAUGAGAGGGAGAGGAUCGAGGCGAAGCACGCGGAGCUGAGGGAGCGUCAGGCCAGAGAUAAAGGACUUUUCCCCGAUGUCGAAGAUGAUUACAUGGACCCCAACUACGCGCGCAUCAACAACUUCAGAGACAGCUCGUCCCCCCGUCAGUCCCCCUACAGCAGACUCCGCACCCCGUCGCCCCAACGCCCGCCUCCCCACGGCCUCGGCCCAGGCUCCUCCCACGGCAACGAGCCGUCCAAUAAGGACCCCCUGGAUGGGCUGUAUGCCAAGGUCAACAAGCAGAGACAAGCCCCGCCCAUGGCCGACAGUAGUGUGGACCGUAUACAGCAGCUGAGGAGAGAGUACCAGCAGGUCUGCAGAGAGGGAGCGGCACCAGUCUAUGAAGAGAUAGAGAACAGACAAAGAGGACCUGAGUAUAACCAACACAAGAUGCCAGUGAGAGUGGCAGGACCUGGGCCUGAUCAUCGUCUAGCUCCACGCUACGAAGAGGUGGAGCGGCAAUAUGCUUCCUUACCCAGGCGCGGCCCGAUGGAUCCUUCUGAGGGGUACGCCAUUCAGCAGCCAGGUUGGGUUGGUCACUACCCUGGUCCCCAACCAUCCUACCCCAAUCCCAACUACCCUCCCAGGGGUGACCCCAACUACCCUCCCAGGGGUGACCCCAACUACCCUCCCAGGGGUGACCCCAACUACCCUCCAAGGGGUGACCCCAACUACCCUCCAAGGGUUGACCCGCGCCAGGCCGACCCAGGGUACUACCACCCCCCUCCUCUACGCCAGGACGUCCCCCCGUCCCCCACUCUGCCCCUCCGGGCCCCCCGUUAUGACACCAUGAACCGUGGAGGAGGAGGAGGAGGGGGAGGAGGAGGAAGAGGAGGAGGAGGAGGAGGGUAUCGCCAGGCCAGCCCAGAGAGGUACGCCUACGGCGUGGAAGGACCGGCCCGUCACCAUGAUCCACGCCAGAAGAACCCCAUGACUGCUGCUGUGUAGAGCUGAACUGAGAUCAGUGCCUGUAUGAAGUUCUGACCUAGGGUCAGGUCGCCAAACCCCCCAUCUCUCCCCUCUCCAUGUAGUCUCAAUCAGGCUAAACUGAUCGUAGAUCAGCCCUUGGUCUGAUCGUAACUCUAGCUAGAGUAUCUUGUCUGUUUCACUCUCUACACCAGUCAAUCCAACAGGGUUGUGACCACUAUUGGCCAGCUGUUGAACAAAUACCUGUUUAUACACUAUAAUGGCAAUCCCCAUAUUGUCUUAUUAAUUACUAUGUGGACGGUAGAUGAUCAAAGGUAAUCUGUACCUCAGAACAUUCCGUACACACACACACGCGCACGCACACACGCACACACACACACACACACACGCACACACACACACGCACACACACACACACACACACACACGCACACACACACACACACAC